GAAAAAUGCACGGCAAAACUUGCUUGACAUUGUGGAGAAAACAUUUGGACCUCAAUGCUGCACUUGACUGUCCCUCAAACUGCCCGUUCUGAUGUAUUUUAUUCUGCCCGCCGAGCCGCGCGGAAAUGCGUCCUGGAUCCCAUCUGGUCCGAUCGCAAAAAACAUUUUUGCUGAUGCAGUGAUGUCUGGAAAUGUCAAGGGCUCGCUUAUUGCGCCUUAAUGUAUCUCCCCCCUCUGAAUUGCUGUGCAAGAUUUUUCUCCUGCGGUACACUGAAAGCUGUUCACGCCAACGUGCCGCCGCGCAAGCACCGACGCUGCAGCUUUACGUUUCUCUCUUUUCACUCCUUUUUUUUUUUAAUCUCAGGCUUUCCUCUCCAGAUUUCCUUGAUUUUCAUUUGUUAGAUCUCAUCUUGCUUCACCCGUCUACAGGAAUUUGAGGGCACUUUGUGGCGGGGACAGUGAGGUUGGCAGUGAGUAGAGUAAGGUUUUAGUUUUUUUGUUGUUGUAAAAGUAUAAGUGCAAUGUGAAGUUACCACAUGAGACCCGCUGCUGCCCUGCUGUUGGAUGAUUUUACUCGAGGAAAGGACGCAUUCAAAACUGUUCAAGAUCAGCCCACGAGGCAGCAGUAACAACAGCAGCAGAUGCUUUGGAGAGCAGCAAUGGUCAAGUCAGCGAGAACCGCAGUGGAGCCGCACUGAGGCAAAGCAGCCAACCGGCCCCCCUCGUAUCUGGGGACGUCUCUGAUUAAUUAAGGGGUGUGGGAAGCUGAGGAGUGGAAAAUUUGUCCCGGACCUGAAUGCCUGCUCAGUCAGACUAGCCCGGGAUCCCGACUCAUCUCCUUCCGCCUCUCCCUCCUCCCAAAAAUGACCGUGGUGGCAGGAGACAACAUGGACGAGACCUCGGCUGUCCCGGGCCACCCGCAGGACGCCUACCCCCCAGACCCCAAUGACCACGAAUGCUGCGAGAGGGUGGUCAUCAACAUUGCUGGCCUCCGGUUUGAGACACAGCUGAAAACUCUCUCCCAGUUCCCAGAGACGUUGCUGGGCAACCCCAAAAAGCGGAUGCGCUACUUUGACCCUCUGAGAAAUGAGUACUUCUUUGACAGAAACCGCCCCAGCUUCGAUGCCAUCCUCUACUACUACCAGUCCGGGGGCCGGCUGAGAAGACCAGUCAAUGUCCCGUUGGAUAUGUUCUCAGAAGAAAUCAAAUUUUACGAGCUUGGGGUGGACGCGAUGGAGAAGUUCCGGGAGGACGAGGGUUUCAUCAGGGAGGAAGAGCGCCCUUUGCCUGAGAAGGAGUUCCAGCGUCAGAUUUGGCUCCUCUUUGAGCACCCGGAAAGCUCAGGCACAGCGCGAGGGAUCGCCAUAGUGUCUGUGAUGGUAAUCCUCAUUUCAAUAGUCAUAUUUUGUUUAGAGACUUUACCACAGCUGAAAGAGGACCCAAGGGGUCGAAUGAUAACAGUCGGGAACACUACUGUUUAUUAUAAGCCAAAUAUCCUCACUGACCCCUUCUUCGUCGUUGAGACACUCUGUAUAAUCUGGUUCUCCUUUGAGUUGAUUGUUCGCUUUCUGGCGUGCCCGAGCAAACCGGCCUUCUUCAAGAACAUGAUGAACAUGAUCGACAUCGUGGCCAUCAUCCCAUACUUCAUUACGCUCGGCACAGAGCUGGCCGAAGACCCGGAAAAAGAGGGAGUGGGGGAGCAGGCAACGUCUCUGGCCAUACUCAGGGUGAUCCGUCUAGUCAGGGUGUUCAGGAUCUUCAAGCUGUCGCGACACUCCAAAGGGCUGCAGAUUUUGGGACAGACCCUCAAGGCCAGCAUGCGAGAGUUGGGUUUGCUGAUCUUCUUUCUGUUCAUCGGGGUCAUCUUGUUCUCCAGCGCUGUCUACUUUGCUGAGGCAGAGGAGCAAGGAUCCUACUUUGGCAGCAUCCCAGAUGCAUUUUGGUGGGCUGUUGUGUCCAUGACAACUGUGGGCUACGGGGACAUGGUCCCGGUCACUAUAGGAGGCAAGAUUGUAGGAUCUCUGUGUGCCAUCGCCGGAGUGUUGACAAUUGCGCUCCCGGUGCCUGUCAUUGUGUCCAACUUCAACUACUUCUACCACAGGGAGACCGAAGGAGAAGAGCAGGCCCAGCUGCUCAAUGUCAGCAACCCCAACAUCCCCUCUGAAACCAACUCCAGCCGCCGCAGUUCAUCCACCGUCAGCAAGUCAGAGUACAUGGAGAUUGAUGGAGACAUAAACAAUAGCAUCGACAACUUUAGGGAGGCGAACCUCAGAACUGGCAAUUGCACUAUAGCCAACCAAAACUGUGUAAAUAAAAGCAAGCUGCUUACAGAUGUUUAGUCAUUAGUUAGGAACUUUGGGAUCUCUAUGGGAAUGUCAUAUGUGGAGUAGACCAUCAGUUAGGAAUGCUUCAUUUACCUCCCCAAAGCGCCCGAUGGCAUUAGGCCUACAACUAUGCUACAUGGAAGGGAAUCAGAAAAAUCCGAACAAAGCUCUAAGAGUAUGUGCCAGGUAGAUAGAAUAAUUAAUUCUUCGGAUCCUACAAACAUAUAGUUACAUCAAAAAGAAAGCAUCAACUAUUACGCAUAUACUCGGCUCCCCCCCCGGAGGACGCAGAGCUAACACUGUCUCAUCGGACAAUGGAGUGAUGAUUCAAAUCUUAUGCAUGGAGUACGGAUAGCAUUUCAGCAAGUUGCACAAUGCACCAGAAAAAAAGUCUGCAGAGACAUGCAAGCACCUGCAGCCAAGUGGUAAGCGCCAAGAAGUUAGGUGACCCCUCACCCUGCCCCCCCCCCCCCUCUCCCCCUCUCUCCCUACUAAGGAUAUCUACUAAUCAGCAAAGCACCUUAUAGGAGGAAGUCUGAUCUCUCUGGUUUGGAUGUAAACAGACGCUGAUCUACUCGCUUCACGGACAUCCGCAAUGCUGCUGUUUCCCAGCAGAUGCUGUAAUUGUGAAAUCACCAAGUGAUUCAAUGCCAUGCCCUUUAGAUGCAACACAGCACAAUGUUAAAGUGAGCUUCACACGAGCAUGAUUAGAGACUUUCCAUUUUGAUAUUGGCAUGCACGAGACAUAUCUCACAUAAUGGAAAGGAUGUUAUUUUGAAUACUGCCUCCAUCCCUUCCUCCCCUGUCAUCUGUUUUCAUACAAGUGCACUGGAUGAGUUUUUAAUUUGAAAUGCUAAUCAUUUAGAAGUAUAGAAAUUGAAUGUUAAAUCUUAAGGGAACGGUACAUAAUUGAGAUCAUAGCAUGAGAAAAGUAACCUGCAUUAUGGUCUAUCGACUAAGGUACAUUUGUAUCCUGGUAUAUUUAAUGCAUGACAUGCGUAUUCAGCUUGUUGCAAUUCAGGCACUCUGCAGUGCCCUAUUGUCAGGGAAGCAAAGGAAAUUAAAUUCUGGAUGUUUCCAAAUUGUGAUCAAAUAUAUCCAAACCCACCUUGAGGAUGCAGUUUCUAAUUUAAAAGUAGUCAAAGAAACAGAACAAAUACUAUCAAAAAAGCAUAUAAUUAUAACAAGCACCAAUUACAGUAUUACGUCAAUAGUGCAGUGCAUGGACCUUUGAACAAGUAAAAGUUAACAUGUCAUUACUCAUGCUUCCAUUUCCACAUCAAAUUUGAGUACAAACUGGUUCGGAAUCCACUAAAAAGGGAUCAAUACCAAGUUUAACGUCAUAUUACAGAGAAUUAUUCUAAAAUUAGUUGCUAGUGCCUUUAUCCCUUUCAUCAACAGGACAAGUGAAAGUGCCUCCGUGUACAAUGGGAUUUGUGAGGUUGAGUCGGUUUACCCUCUAUUGUAGUGUUAAUACACUGUUGGUUAUGAUGUUAAUGAUGCCACAUGAAUAAGGCUGAUACAACAGGUGAUUGUGGUAAAAAACAAAAAAACAAAGAGAGAAGAUGAUCCAUGGCUGUUAUGCACAACCCAGUUUUCAUGCCCUCACGCACUUAAUCUUUCUCUUAAGCAGCAAUGUAUUGUACUUUGCAUGUUUACCAAUCCAAUUUUAAAGGGAACAUCCAAGUGUUUUAAAGAGAUUUCAUUUAUGUCUUUUUGUUUGUGCACCAUGCAUCCUUUCAGGGUCUCUACCUCAGUGAGGUCAUUGCAAACUUGCUGCAUAGCUGCAAGCUUCAAUGCAGGGCUUCCUAUACCAUAAUGCAAAAUGGAACCUUAAGUGUAAACUCCAGACAUGCAACAUUGAAUGUGAGAGUCCCAAAGCAUAGCCUUGACACAAGCACUUAGGACAAGUAGUGUACCAGAAUCCUGCUCCUUCAGUUCACUUAAAGCUACGCACAAUCAGAACAUUCAUAGAGGCUUCGUAGAGAUGCUUGACUCUCCUAUUGAGAUGGGAUUGACUGUUUUAUAUGUUGGUUUUAUUUGAAAACAAUGGUAUCUAAAGGUAUUGUUGUGUCCCCUGAAUGUGUUCCAACAGACGCGAGAAUAAGACAGUGGAAGAGUUUGUUGUUGUUGUUUUUUAAUCUGUCAUCCUGCAAUCCUUGGGCAUUAUGAUGCCUGGCUUUUUGCACAAUAAUUUAGUUUUUGAUGCUUGAACCAUUCUUUUUAUUACCGAGCUUACUCAUACAUAGUGCAUUGUUUUGCAGCAUAUUGUUUCAGACUAACUCCAGAUAGGUCUGUAAAAAUUGUAAUGACUACUUGAAAAUCUCCAGCUACUGUACAUUAAUCUGCACUCAUUUUUGAGAUGAAUGCACCCAAAUGAUAGUAAGAAUUUUAUAAUCAAAUGUAUGAUCUUUUUAUUUCUUUAGCACUUUCCUGACAAAGUCCUGUAAAAAGACGAAGUGCCACCGCAGUGCUUUUUGAAUGUCAUAUAGUUGGUGUUUUAUGUUGGUGCAAUGGCUAUUGUUUGUGGUGCUUGUACAGGACUAGCAUUGUUGUCUUGGUACCACCACAUCUUUUUGGACUUUUUCCAUUCUCCUGUUAUGUUAUUGGUGGCUGGUUGGUUGGUUUCAGGCAAUGCCAUUUUAUUUGGUUGAUCUUUGUACUGUACCGCUGAUGAGUGUCUGCCUCGGGCAAGGGAAUAAUCCAACAGCCUUGCUAGAUGUCAGACACUUUUGAUUAGAGCAAAAAAAAAAAGACAUUUGUGUCAGGGAGCUUCAAUUUCCAUAGGUUUUCUCAUGUAGAAGGACAUAAAUAACACCCAAUACCAUAGAUGAUAUUGCUUUAUAUAGAGGACAUUUUAGUAGUCUUAUUAAUGCAGCUGGAAAUGCUUCAGUUCGCUUUGUUCACAAGUUUCUUGUACAACUGAUGCUUGAAAGUAGCGAUGUGUGUAACACGUGUGUAACCCGCUGAAAGUGAGGUGAAGAAAAUACAAAUGACACCCCUCAUAUUAGCAGUGCUGUGAGGGCAUGUGUGAAAGGUGCUAUGCAUUCAAUUAGCCAACAGAAACAUGCAUUCUUAACAGCAAUAGAAUAACAGACACUGAACCGAACUGUUUCUUAGAUGCUUUUUGUAAAAAAAAAGAAAAAAAGAAAUACAACCACACAGGAAAAUAAUCUAUUUUGAAUGCGGGAGAAACUGCGAUCACUUGAUAGAUAACUCACAACAGGGCUGUUUAUGUACCAACCGAUAACCCCACGUUCUGUGAUUUUGUAAAGUCAAUGGGGUCAAACGUAGAGGCUAACAUUUUGUCGGGAGAAAACAGAGAAGAGUCCAAACAUAGGCUUCGUAACAGUGGCAGUGCCCAAUAAGCACCCGGGUCGGACCGGAGUUGUAUUGCAGUCAGGACCAAAGCCUGCAGACGGUAUAAUACCGUCCCAAAGGAACAGCCCAUAAUGCACUAAGAGAGGAUCUAUCGUCAGUUCACUGGGCUGAUCAGCUGCGCGAGAGAAAGUAUGAGAAGGUGCCUAAAUUGUUUUACAUAUUAAUUUGUUGAGCUUACUGUUAGAUGUUAAAGCUUCUGCAAACAAACACGAGUGAGAAGAUCUAAAAAAAUAAAUAAAAAGGACAUUAACAUAAUUAAACAAUACGAAAAAAACAAAUGUCAUGAGAACAAAAUGCAAUUUAGCUACAAUAAGAUAGAUAAAAGUAACCACUAUAUACAGCAAUUAUGUAUGAAAAACAAUUUUAAUGUGUUUUGAUUUUCUCCAUUUUUUGGGUGGCACUAUAACGUGACUGAUUUAGGAAGAACAUGCCAUAUACUGGAAUAUCAAAGACAAUAUGUUCCUUUGGGAAGCCAUGAUAUGAAACUUCGGUUUCAAUUGCUAUACACUAAAUGAUAUGGACAGGUGUACUAUUUAAGAAACAAACUUUUUGUUUGUCUUUUUGGUUUUAAGAAGAAAAAAAAAGGAUUAAUUGAAACACCAUGUUUGCAUUUUUUUCUUUUUUUUUUUUUUCAAUCUUCCCUGCUGAACCUGCUGCAUAAUGUAUCUCUACAGAAACCUACUAAUCACAAAAAACUGCAUGGUCGAUGGAAGACUGCAUGAGUUUUGCCUUUCAAACUGUGGAUCAACUAUAAAACAGUUGCUUCAUUUAAAAAAAAGAAGAAGAAAAAAAAAAAGAAAAAAAAGAAACCCUUGCCGUCAUCUGCACCUGCAAGGCCCUGCUCAAAAGUCGUCGAGAAGCGUGUCCUUUGCUGGAUUUCUUAAAAGCACCUUAGCGCUGACCUUUUUCACUCAAGACGGCGUUGGGUAUCCGAGCCGUGCUCAGCGUCGGCGUGCGAUAUGAUGUUGGGUUGCGUUGGCUCGGCUCUGAAUGUUGAGCGAGGACAUUAAGGGCUAGUUUCUCAAACUCUAUCUCUAUCUUUGGACUGAAAUGCUCUUUUCAAGUGACAUUUUGCCCCAUUCCUAGACUGUAGUGAUACUGCGUUGUUGGAAACAUGCCCGUCACGUCUACGCAGGGCCUGUGAGACGCACACACAACGCACACACACACACACACACAACACACACAACACACACACACCUCUGUGCUCCAUUGGCUUCAAGGCAUUCUUGUCCACUAAAGACGUUGAUGUUGGUCAGCUUUCUGCCUACAGAGGAGGCGCUGAACAGCAUCAAAUGAUGGGAUGUUUGCGUACGUUGUGUGUGUGCAUGUGUGUGUGUGUGUUAGAAGUGUGAUGGCUAUGCGUUUGUCUUUCCGGUCCAGAAUGCACAUUUAACCGCUUGUGGGGGAAGUUUUGGAGCAAAGCGCAAAAAGGACUGUCGAACUCUUCCGCUCUUCUUUUCAUCCUCAAGCAAAGCAAACUCUGAUUGUGUUAUCUAAUCCAGCCGUCAUUGUCAUGUUGUGUUUACCAAGGAUUAUGCUACAAUGUGUUCAGUCUGUCAGAUGAUGACAAAGGCAUGGUCUGUGAUCUAUGCAAGGGUUAUUUUCCUUUGUUUUAAACUUUUAUGUCACUUAUGAUUUCAACUUAACAUUAACUUCAAUAAAUUUUUAAGGAUCUG